AAUCGACCUCAUUAUCAUCCAGAUUCACCAUCCUUCUCUAUGUGUGAAUCAUUCAAAUAUUUCCUCCAGGAUGAAUCCUUUUUUAACAACCCAACUAGGUAAACUAGCAUGGGACGAUUUUCUUCGGAUACUAGUAAAGAUCUACCGAAAAAGGAAGAAUAGUCACAACUUCUUUGACGUCACGCCAUUAAGUUACUUUUACGGAGGCCUGCAUCGUGACUCCGUGGGCGAAUCCUCCUCAGCCAUUGGCAGGUGCCUCUCCUGCCUCCCUACACACCUGCUACUUCAACCACCCACUCGAUUUCUUUCUCGAGCAAGGAACAAAAAGAGGACAAGGCUUUCAAUAAAGCUCACCACAAUUGUACCACUGGAUGGACCACAACACCUUGAAAAAAUUAGAAGUAGCUCGCACCCUGGAUAAGUCUGCCCAUCUCUGCAAUAGGACAUAUCACAUCGACCAAUUAUUCUGAAG